CACCUUGGGCCUAUCAGAACCUUAGCUAUGGAAUCUGUGUCAUCUCCAAAAUUCCUCUCCACCCUUCUUCUGUUUCUAAUCCUUUCAUUUCUUCUUGCCUUGGCAUCAGCUUCACUUGCAUCCCAAGGGAGGGCCCUCCUCCAGUGGAAAGCCAGCCUCCAGAGCCAAGGAUCACUUGAAUCUUGGAACCUCGAUACCAAUCCAUGCAACUGGACUGGAAUCACAUGCAACAUCACACGUCAAGGCCGACAUGUGAUCAGGGAGGUGAAUCUGGCCCAUAUGGGUCUGGCAGGAACGCUGAAUGGACUCAACUUCUCCGCCCUGUCAUCACUUACUAGUCUCAACCUCACAUUCAACGAGCUCCAUGGAAGCAUCCCUCCCACCAUAUCUGCUCUUUCGAAGCUCACCUCUCUUGAUCUCUGUACUAAUAACUUCAUAGGGACAAUUCCACUACAAAUCAGCUCUUUGACAAAGCUCAACUCCUUCAAUCUUAGCGACAAUCAGAUAAGCGGUUCCAUCCCUCCUUGGCUAAGUAAUAUGACAAGGCUUAACUUCUUAUACCUAUCCCAGAAUAACUUUUCAGGUACCAUCCCUAAGGAAUUAGGAAGGCUCGAGAGUCUCUUGGAGUUGACAAUCUCCACCAACUAUAUAAUAGGUUCCAUCCCUCCUACUUUGGGAAAUUUAACCCGGCUUCAAUUAUUGUAUUGCUCCAACAACGGGAUAUCUGGCUCCAUCCCUCCCGAAUUAGGGAAUCUCGUAAACCUGGUUUAUUUAGACAUGGGUAAUAAUAGUCUGACAGGUUUCAUCCCUCUUAGCGUGGGAAACUGGACCAAGCUUAACUGGUUCAAUCUUUGGGAGAAUCAUCUCUUUGGAUCAAUUCCUCACGAAAUAGGAAAUCUAGUAAAGUUAACUAGGCUAUCACUCGCACAAAAUAGUUUAGCAGGUUCCAUCCCCACCAACUUAGGAAAUUUAACCAAGCUUCAACUCUUGUACCUCUUUGAAAAUCAGAUCUCUGGACCAAUUCCUCAUGAAAUAGGAAAUCUAGCGGAGUUAAUUGAGCUAUCACUCUCAUCAAACAAUUUAUCCGGUUCCAUCCCCAGUUGGUUAGGAAAUUUAACCAAGCUUAAUAUUAUAUACCUUUGGGGCAAUCAUCUCUCUGGAUCUAUUCCUCAUGAAAUAGGAAAUCUAGUGAAGUUAACUGAGCUAUCACUCGCACAAAAUAGUUUAGCAGGUUCCAUCCCCAACAACUUAGAAAAUUUAACCAAGCUUGAACUCUUGUACCUCUUUGAAAAUCAGAUCUCUAGACCAAUUCCUCAUGAAAUACAAAAUUUGGUAAGCUUGAGAUAUUUGGAUAUCAAUACCAACCUUUUAGAUGGUUCCAUCCCUGCUAGUGUCGGAAAUUUAACCAAGCUUGAAUUCUUGAACCUUUUUGAAAAUCGGAUCUCUGGACCAAUUCCUCAUGAAUUAGGAAACUUGAGGAAGCUUAAUACGUUGGCGCUAUCCGCUAAUCAAAUGUCUGGCUCGAUCCCUCCAUCUUUUGGAAGCUUAACAAACCUUAUUGAUUUGCGCUUAUUCUACAAUCGACUAUCUGGUUCUUUGCCUCGGGAAUUUAACAAUAUUACAAAUUUGAAAGUUCUCCUAUUGUCGAACAAUAGUUUUUCAGGCCAUUUACCCCAUGACAUAUGCAAAGGAGGAGUUCUAUAUUAUCUCACAUUGAACAACAACCAUUUUGAAGGUCCAAUUCCCAAAAGCUUGAAAAACUGUACAAGCCUAGGCAGAGUCCGACUCGAGCAGAACCAACUAUCUGGGGAUAUAUCUGAAAAUCUUGGAGUGUAUCCACAUCUCUCGUACAUCGAUUUAAGCUUCAAUAAAUUGUCUGGUAAGCUCUCGCCAAAUUGGGGAGGAUGUCAUAAUUUGUCACUCUUAAGAAUCUCCAGCAACAAGGUUACCGGAAGCAUACCAGCAGAACUCGGAAAGUUGACUCGACUACAACAACUUGACCUUUCCUCGAACUAUCUAUUGGGAGAGAUUCCAAAGGAUCUGAGCAAGUUAACUAAUCUCUAUAUCUUGACUUUGAGCAACAACCAACUUGUUGGAGAGGUAUAUCCAGAAUUCGGAGAGCUAUCUAAUUUGGAGAUUCUUGAUCUGUCAGCAAAUCAACUAAGAGGAAGGGUACCAAAACAAUUAGGUAACUGUGUGCAACUUCAAUCGCUAAAGCUUGGAAACAAUCAUUUAAAUGGAAGCAUUCCCUUUCAAAUUGGAAAUCUAGUAAACUUGCAAGACUUUCUGGAUUUAAGCCACAACUCAUUCACUGGAGAGAUACCAUCACAAUUUGGCAAACUAGAUAAGCUAGAAGUUCUGAACCUAUCACACAAUGAGCUAACCGGUCAUGUUCCACCUUCUUUGAGUGAUAUGAUGAGCUUGUUAUUUGUAGACUUAUCAUACAAUGAAUUAGAAGGCCCACUGCCCAACAACAGAAUUUUUCAGAAUGCUCCAGUGGAGUGGUUCGCCCACAACAAGGGUUUGUGUGGUUCAGUGAAAGGUUUGCCUUCAUGUGGCUUCCAUACAACCAGCAAAGAUGAUUCAAAUAAGCACCACAAACUUGUCUUGUUAAUAACUGUUCCUAGUAUCUUAUCUUUAUUUGUUGUAUUUGUUUUGCUAAUUCUGUGGAAGAAAUAUAUGAGAAAUGAUGCAAGUAUUGAAGAAGGUGGAUUCUCUAUUUGGAACUUUAAUGGAGAAGAUGCAUACAAUGGCAUCAUUCAAGCAACAGAGGAUUUUGAUGCCAAGUAUUGCAUUGGCACUGGAGCAUUUUCUAGUGUUUACAAAGCACUGCUGCCAAGCGGCAAGUUGGUAGCUGUGAAGAAAUUUCAUGCAUUAGAAAUUGAAGACUCACCAAGCAAGCAAACUUUUUGGAAUGAAAUACGGGCACUACCCAGAUUCAACAUCGGAAUAUUGUGAAGCUUUAUGGUUUUUGCUCCAAUGCUCAACAUAAGCUUCUUGUUUGUGAAUACAUGGAGAGAGGAAGCUUGGCAAAUAUUCUCGGAAGCGAAGGUGCCGCUGAAUUAGAUUGGUCUAAGAGAGUGGAUGCUGUAAAAUAUAUUGCUCAUGCUCUAUCAUACAUGCAUCAUGAUUGCGCUCCGCCAAUAGUGCACCGAGACAUAACAAGUAAUAAUAUUCUACUUGAUUCAGAAUACAAGGCUUGUAUUUCGGACUUCGGUAUUGCUAGACUUGUAAAGCCAGAUUCAUCUAAUUGGAGUAUGCUUGCAGGCACACGAGGAUAUUUGGCCCCAGAAUGAGGAAGCCUGUUGAGCCUGUUGAAAAUAUUCUAGUAGAAGGUGACAGGAGUGUGGAAAUACGGAGUUGGGCGCAAUCGAUAUUUGCAAAACAAGAAGUGCAAUAUAUUCAGUCAAAAGAAAACAAUCUUUGCGAGCUCGAUACAUAUAUGGUUUUAUUUUUUUUCUAACAAAUUUAACGGCGUGGUUUGUUCGUGACUACAGGCACAAAUUUCUCCAUAUUCUUCAUUGUAGGUCACUAUCCAGUCCAUCAUGUAUGCCUCUUCAUAUUGAGCAUUUGACGACUAUAUUAAAUAAGUUC